AUGGUUGAAGGUUCUUUGACAACACGUUUUGUGUAUGACUGGCGGCUCAAAUCCUAUGAGGUGAAAUCUGAAAACCAGGAAGAUGGAAGUGCCAGCGUGUCCCAAGUGCCCACCUUCUGGAACUACAGUGAUGUGGGAACAAAGAAUCUCAGCAAAGCCCGGCUUUACUUUCUCCUCUGUGGCAUUGGUGCAGUUGAUCCUGUGACUGCAGAACCCAUUGGACAGGAGGAGUACAAUGCUGCUACAGAACAAGAUGAAAAUCGAAAAGCGUUGAGCAAGCUUGGCAAGGCAAUCAAAAGGAUCAGCUUGAUUCUUGGAGUGCAAAGCCUUGAGUCUUUGGCAGCGGAAGCAAAGGUUUUGGAAGUUUGUCCAAAGAAUGUCAAGGCGGUAGAGCGUGACAACAGUGCUGGUCUUUGGAUUGCAGUUUGCGUGUUGUGCGUUUUGGUAGUGAUUCUGGCUACAGCAUUUUGCUGUGUAUGGAAGAAGUUCAACAAACGUUUGAAUGAACAAGAAGCAGCAAUGAAACAGGUGCAACACGAUAUCUUCCAUUGCUGGAAUCAGGUGGCAGAUGAGGACAGUUACAUAGCAACUCAGGAGGCAAGGAUCACCGAGAUCCACAACAGACUCAUGAUGCAUGAUGGACGCUUGAUAGAACAAAGCAAUGAACACUCAAUGUUGCAUGACUACACAUAUGGUUUGCAUUAUGGUUUAGUUGAGAGCGGUGGAUUUCUGCGUUUUGGCUUUGGCCUUACAACUGACCAGUUUACAAGUUUGGCGAUGCAUGAACGUGCAAACUUGGUGACUUAUGGAGCCAUGGGAUCAGAGCAAUACUUGCGUUUGGUCAGACAACGUGCCAGAGCUGAACAUGCAGACACAACUGACAUACCAGUGAACCAUGGUGCAGAUACAAAUUUGGAAAACAACAAUGAGGAACAAGCAGAGUCAGAGACUUCAGAUGACGACGAGAUGAUUGAUGAGGGAGAACAAAGAUCUCCCCCCAUGACACAGUUGAUGGAAGAUGUAAAAGAGCAGCAUGGUCUUGCAGUUCAACGUGGAGAUUGGCGGGAUGCGACAGCGAUCCAAUCCUUCAUUCUCACAAUGAUUGCUGCAAUCAGUGGAGGCAUGGAUGAAAAUUUGGUAAACCAAUACCGUGAAAGAGCAGCAAAUCUUUUCCUCCAGUUAGCAGACACUGCAAGGCCAAGCAGACCUGAAGCAUGUGCAAUCUAUGGCAGAUUUGAAGCAAAACUGCGAAAUCGAGAACGUUGA